AAUGUGCUUCCACGGCUAUUGGGCGUAAAGAAUCAAAGAUGGCAGGUUCUAGCUAGGUGGUUACUAUAGUGCGAAAAAUACAUUUAAUUUUCGUGUAAAUACAUACAUAUUCGCGGUCUUAUGUACUAAAGCACGUUGUCGUGUUUUCUUCUGUUUCCCACCGUUCAACCGUGUUGUUCAAACGGUGUAUGGUUUCUUAGCUGUAGUCUGCUCUUUUUUAGCGCUAGUUAGCUAGCAGUCCGCUAGCAGAACGACGGCACGGCAGCUGCCUAGCAGCUUAUAAUAGUGGCGUCGCCCGGAUAUUUCGCAGUUAAACCCCCGAACUGCUUCACUUUGACCGUCGCAGCCCAGGAAAACAUGGACAAGGCAGACUUCCUGAAAGGGCUCCCCGUCUACAACAAGAGCAACUUCAGCAGGUUUCACGCCGACUCCGUCUGCAAGGCGUCGAACAGGAGACCAUCGGUAUACCUUCCCACGAGAGAGUACCCUUCUGAGCAGAUCAUUGUCACAGAGAAGACAAACAUUCUCCUACGAUACCUUCAUCAGCAGUGGGACAAAAAGAAUGCCGCCAAAAAGCGGGAACAGGAGCAUGUGGAGGGGGAGAGCCCCGCCCCUCCUCGGAAAAUUGCUCGGACAGACAGCCAGGAGAUGACCGAGGACACUUAAAAGUUGCAGUGCACUGCAUACAGACACACGCACACCAUCAUACAUGGUAGCUCACGCAGUUGGCCAGCGAGAUGAGCAGCUCAUGGACUGUUUUUCUGAAUGUGGGAAUGAUGCCUGUAUAAAAUGUAGUCAUGUUUGUAUUCAAUUUGUUUUUUAAUAUCUUCUAGCUGAGUUUCCACUGUGCUUCUACAGUGCUCUUCUGAUGCAGUGCCUGGCUUAAACCACAAGUGGCCGCCAUGCAGCCCUUUGUUCCAUCUCCUUUCUGACCAUGGAUGAGGUUUUAGAUGAAGAGUUUCUUCUCCUGUACUUAAACUUAAUGUGAUUAUAUGUUGUUGAAUUUAUGAAGAAUUUGUGCCAGGUCUUGCGGUUUAGGUCUCCUCCGAUUCCCGGCUUACUCGUAUACUUUGGGCUUAGAAUAAAAUAUGUUGUUUUUCA